AUGGCAGUCUCCUGGCCUCCAUCUAAAGCCAAUCCACUGGGUAUCGCCACCUUGUCCCUCGGAAACUGGAGAGAGCAUCGUUUGGAACCACGCCUGAAGGCUGCAGCAAAAUCGGGAUAUCAAUGGAUCGACUUGUUUGAUGAGUGUUGGGCUGCGUAUCUGGAGGAACAUGGACUGCCAGGAAGCCAACUUUGGGAACCGACCGCAGAGAAUCUGCAGGUUGCGCGUAAAUUGGCUCGUGUUGUCAAGUCCUUGGGAAUGCGGAUUGCUUGCACCCAGCCUCUUCGGAAAAUCGAGGGAAUCAAAGAUCCAGUCGAACGCCAGGCUACAUUCGAUCUAGUUGCUAAACGAUUUCCUUUCAUGCGUGCCUUUGACACAGAUCUUGUCUUUAUGUGUGCGAAUAUUCGUACUGAUGAAGGGGUGACCUCUGAUCUCAAGACGGUCGCGAAGGACCUCGCGGAACUGGGCGACAUGGCGGCUGCAUAUGCAAAGGCUGAUGGUGGGCGCAUGUUGAAAAUUGGGUACGAGGGCCUAUCUUGGGCAACUCGAAAUACAUGGUCAGCCUCAUGGGAAGUUGUGCGAUUUGCCAACCGCCCUAACGUUGGACUGAUCGUGGAUGCCUUCAAUAUCCUCGCUGUCGAGUUUGCUGAUCCGUACAAUGUUGCUGGUCACGGGCGGAUCUAUCCUACCUUGGAGGAAUCUCUGGAUGUUCUUACUGGGUCACUCGCGUCAUUAGUCUCCACGGUACCGGGUGAUCGGAUAUUUUUCUUCCAAUGUGGCGAUGCGGAGUUGAUGAAUACAACGACUUUCCUCCCUCCGACCGACCCGGAAACACCAUCACUGCUCCCAUGGUCACGAAGUCAUCGGUUAUAUCCGCUUGAGCAGUCCAGAGGUGCGUAUAUGCCAGUUGAGCUAGUUGCGGCUGCUGUGCUUGCCACUGGGUACCGAGGCCCAAUCUCGCUCGAGGUGUUCAGUGCAUCACUGAAUCAACCAGGAGAGACUGUUCCGGCAGAGCAUGCUUCCAGAGGAAUCAAGGGUCUUAGCCUCUUGUACGAAACAGCGAAGUCCCUUCCGGCCUUUUGGAAAUGUUAUGAUGAACGUAUGAGUGCUAUUGAACAAGUCGUACGACGGCUACAGUCAGAUGAACACAAACAUAAGCUAUAA